CAAUGGCCAGUAAUGUUAACUUGGAAAGCUAUAUCUCACAGGACUAAAGGCUUUAGUGGAGCGGACCUUCAAGCACUUCUUUCUGGCACACAACUUGAAGUAGUUCAUUUGCUCUUGGAUAGGGAAGAUGGCAGUGGAACUGGAAAGAUCUUUAUUAUCACGGUUGCUCUUCUGGAGUCCAUGGCAUCCAAGGCUAAAUGCCUAAAUCAUCAGUUUCAGAAGCUGAGAAGCGAAUGUUGCACGGCAUUUACAGCCAGUUUCUCAAUUCAAAGUGGUCUGUCACUGAACAGCUAGUCAUUGCUGGAGAUGGGUACUAAAGAUUUGAAUUUUGU